AUGACUGGCUGGACGUUCAUCUUCGAGGAGGACUUGGCCAGGUACCAGUACGCUCGGGAGAGCUGGGUCGUUUUCCACCAGCAGCCUCCUGAGAAGUGGUGGGCCAAGCGGCAGUGGGACAGCUUCCAGCAGGGAAUGUCCACAAUCUGCGGGCUUGCGGUGCCCAUGCUGCUCAGCGCGUGGAACCCGACCGAGCAUCUGCACCCCCUUGAGCUGCUCGGCUGGGGGCUCUGGAUCUCGUUCUGGGCGCUCGAGAACCUGGCGGACCGCCAGAAGCGCCUCUUCCUGCUGGAGUGCCGGAGGCUGGACGCCGUGUCCGUGACCGAGGCGGAGCGCGAGGAGCUCCGGGCCGCCACGCUGGGCAUGUCGCCCUGGGACGGGUCGGAGUUCUGGCUCUGGACCCGGUGCCGGCACCCCAACUACUUUGGCGAGUGGAUGUGCUGGGUCAGUCUGUCCCUCGCCGCGGUGCCGUCCCUGGUCGCUCUCGCCAGUCGGGGGUGCGCCAGCUGGAGGGUCUGCGCACUGGCGCUCCUGCUGCUGCACACGCCGCGGAUGUUUUACGACUGCCUGGUGCACUGGACGGGGGCGGCCGCGGCGGAGCACUUCUCCGUGCGGAAGCGGCCCGCCUACCGCGAGUACCAGCGCACCGUGCGGUGCUUCUUCCCCGUGGAGGUCCCCUUCGUCGACCACCACCGCCAGGCUGGCUGGCCGCGUCCUGCCGCGAGCGACAAGGGUGCGCCUGAUGCGCCCGCCGGAGACGUGCCGGCCAGCGAGAGCUUCGGGCGACCGACCGACGACGCCUUGUGA